UGCUGAUCUCCUGUCCCUGCCCUGCUUCCCGAGCAGGAUGCACCGAGUGAUGAAGGAAGAAUCCAGUUUCGGGACAGGCAGCCUGGAAAAUGCGUCCCGGGACCCCAGCAAGGACAAGCUGCACACGAAGCUGUGCAGCGGGUCCUGCCACGCCGAGCAAAUCCUGCAGACCCUCAACUCCUACCGGCACAGCGGCACCUUCACCGAUGUGGUGCUGCUGAUCGACGGGCAGGAGUUCCCCUGCCACCGGGCCACCCUGUCAGCCAACAGCACCUACUUCAGGGCCAUGUUUGGCGGUGACCUCAAGGAAGGCCACCAGGACAUCAUUAACAUCCAGAAGAUCUCUGCCCCCACCAUGUCCCUCCUUCUGGAUUAUAUGUACGGGGGGAACAUCGUCAUCCAGGAGGACAACGUAGAGGGCAUCCUGGAGCUGUCUGACCUGCUGCAGAUCUCCAAGCUCAGGGAUGCCUGUGUCACCUUCCUGGAGGGCCAGCUGCACCCAUGCAACUGCCUGGGCAUCAUGAAGUUUGCUGACUCCUUCUCCAUCGCGUCCCUGACGGAGAAGAGCAGGAGGUUCAUGCUGGAGUGUUUCGUGGAGGUGUCGUGCCACGAGGAGUUCCUGGAGAUGGGGGCGAAGGAGCUGGUUGGGUACCUGUGUGACGAGCAGCUGGUGGUGCCCAAGGAGGAGGUGGUGUUCGAGGCCGUGAUGCGCUGGGUGCGGCACGACGUGCCCGCCAGGAAGGGGGCCCUGAGGGAGCUCCUGGAGCACGUGCGCCUGCCCCUGCUCAGCCCCACCUACUUCCUGGAGAAGGUGGAGAUGGAUGGGCUCAUCCAGGACUCCAAGGAGUGCAUCCCCCUCCUGCACGAGGCCCGCAAGUGCUACAUCCUGGGGAACGAGGUCAGCUCCCUGCGCUCCAGGCCCCGGAGGUUCAUGGAGCUGGCAGAGGUCAUCGUUGUCAUCGGGGGCUGUGAUAAGAAGGGCCUCCUGAAGCUGCCCUUCACAGACCUGUACCACCCCAAGAGCAGGCAGUGGACAGCCCUGUCCAGCGUGCCCGGAUACACCAAGUCAGAGUUUGCUGCCUGCACGCUGAAGAACGACGUGUACAUCUCAGGAGGACACAUCAGCAGCAGUGAUGUUUGGGUGCUGAGCUCCCAGCUAAAUGUCUGGAUCAAGGUGGCCUGUCUGCAGAAGGGCCGGUGGAGGCACAGGAUGGCAACGCUCCAGGGCAAGAUCUACGCCGUGGGGGGCUUUGAUGGCUUCUACCGCCUCUCCAGCGUGGAGUGCUAUGACACCUUCUCCAACAGCUGGUCCACCCUGGCCCCGCUGCCCCAGGCCGUGAGCUCGGCCGCCGUGGUCUCCUGCCUCAACAGGCUCUACGUGCUGGGAGGGGCUGUGGAUGACACCUCCAAUACAGACAAGGUCCAGUGUUACGAUCCAGAGGAUGACAAGUGGACGCUCUUGUCUCCCACCCCAUUUUACCAGAGGUGCAUCAGCGCUGUCUGCCUGGACAACAUCAUUUAUGUUGUGGGUGGACUCCUCAGCAAAAUCUUCAGCUAUGAUCCCAGGAAGGACAGCUGGAGAGAAGUGGCCACCCUCCCUGGGCCUCUGGAGAGCUGUGGCCUGACAGUGUGUGGAGGGAAGAUCUACAUCCUGGGUGGCCGGGACGAGAGCGGGGAGGGCACGGACAAGGCGUUCACGUUCGACCCGGCGACGGGGCUGGUGGAGCCGCAGCCACCGCUGCAGCGCUGCACCAGCUACCACGGCUGUGUGACCAUCCUGCAGCGCAGGGACAGGUGACCACAGGGCUCCCCUGCACCCAGAGCCUCCCCUGGAGCCACCCAGCAUGUGGGAACACUGCAGAGCAGGUGCUCCACCAGGCCCUGAGUGGCCUCGGGUUUGUUUUUCCCGGCCUCGCGAUGGAGCCGAUGGAUUUGAUGCUGAUCCAGGUGAGAGGAUGGAAGGGUCCUGGACUGUGUGAAGCUGCAUCACAGACCUUGCCACUGCAAGGGACUGCUGAAUUGUGCCCCUGGGACUGCUGAAUUUGACCUUUGCUUAGGUUUUCCUGGCUGUAGAUGAAAGUCUUCUGCUGUGCUUGCAACAGAGGUUUGCUGUCCUGGAAGGACGUGUGUUUGCUGCUUUCUGAUGCCCAGAACUGUUGCUGUAACAGCUGCAGCUCCAGGAUCCAAUCCUUUGGCUAAAAGCUGUCAGGUAUUUGUGCAUUUAUUAUAGAACCCUGUGCCAAACCCCAGUGGGGACCUAAAUGCUCAUUAACAUCCGCGAACAGAGAGCUGCGACUGGGAGUUCAAAGUUGAUAAUCCCAAGAAAAUCACUCCACUAAAUCCCAAAUAGUUCCAGCUCUGGCUCUGCACAGGCUGUGUGAGGGUCUGUGCCCCCAAAGCACAGAGUGCUGUCUCUUUUCAUACAUGUUUUGUGGUUGGACUGCUGUGUCUGUCACUGAGUGGACAAGUGAAUCCUGAAGCCAAGAGUUCCUUCAGAGAGGAAAAGGAGGAGGAAUAUUAAGGUGUAGGAAUUAAGCAUGAAGACCUGAAGCAUGGCAGCCACAGAACUGUCUCAUUUUGGCUGUGGAGUAUGUAGCAAACAUUAAAAUAAUCUCCAUAUUUAACAGACUGGGGUCCCUGGGAGCCUGAAUGUGCAGCUCAUUUGGAGGAUGUUUGAUUACACAGGCCUGCAUUGCUCCAAGCUGCCCUCAGGUCUAGAAAUGACCCUGAGCACGUUUGAUUUGGUAGGAUAACCAUAGUUUUUGGUGUUGGUGUCUGUAGUCCGUGCCUGGAACUGGUAAUUUCUGGUGGCUCCACGUAAAUGUUCACGUUGUUCAGUUAGGGGCUGAAUUGCUGCCAGAUGUAGAGUGAGGGCUCUUAAAAACUCCCGUACCUUGGACACUGUGGGGUGCACCCCCCCACAGCAGGCUGCUGGCUGGCUGCUGUGCUCUCUGCACCUUCCUUUUCUCACCCUAAUUCUUGCUGAAGCAGAGGAAAUGUCUGUGUCCACUGGUCCAGCUAUUCCCCUUUGCCUGUCCCAAACCUGCUGGCUCUGCCUGCUUCCCUCUGUGUUCACCACUAAACCAAGUCCUCGA